AUCAGAGGACGUGCGUUGACAGUGCAUUGUUUAGGUUUGAGUUUCCCUCGGAAAAUCGGUAUUUGUUGCGCGAAAACUCAUGGAAACCGACGGCUUUGAUGAUAUUUUGCCAGGUUGUGAUGUUCUAAAGAAGCGUGUUCUGGGAUGGAAAUCUUACGAAGAGAGGUACCAUAACGCAGAGGAGGACGAGGAAGAUUGCGCGGAUUUUAGUGAAUUGAGUGAAGAUGUCGAAAAUGAUGUAGAAGAGAGUGAUAACGAGGAUAGGGCGUUAUCUGAGAAUUUUGAAGAAGUUCAGGAGAACACGGCCCUAGUGAGCUUCUGGGAGCCCCGCUCCGUGUAUGAGGAUUGCUUGAUGCCACUGAUUCAGCGAAGAAACGAUUCGUGGUUCGAGCAGAUGAAAAAGAUGGAUUUUCAUUCGAAAGUGUCUGAUUGGCUCCAGAGCAACGCUGCAAAAAUGGGGAACGCAUUCCGAGACGCCAGCAACUUCCGUGGCCGAUUCCGUAUGAGUAACUUCAAUUCCACUGAGAUAGAGAUGGACAACACCAACGAUUCGGCAACAUCUGUGGAUACUGCGGCGUACAUUAUGGCGAAUAGGAACAGAAAUUUUAGCAAAUCACGCAUGCGAAUGGUCACCGUUAAGGAGUAUUGCUUUCUGGAGCAAGAUACAGACCUCUUGCGCUUUGAUAAGCAGCCUCAGUGGCCACCAGUUGCCAUCACUCGACAUGUGUCGCCCUCGAUGUCUCCCAGCUCAAGAUGUAUUGUGAAGUCGAACAGGCAGAAGCGCCCUAUUGAUCAUGCAAAACCUCUGCAAAAGAAGAAGAAUACAUCCCCUCGAAGGAAGAGCAGGAGAAGUGCACGAAAGAGCAAGAGAUGCUACUUGAAUGAUUGCUGCAGUGGCUCCGAAACUGAAUCUGAGUGUGAUGAUCCCAAGAAGGACAAAGGUCCGAUGGUCAACAAUGAAUCAAAAGUCUUUAUUACGCCUGUGAGGAAGAAACCAGAGUCACCCAAGAAGACAGAGAGUCCUAAAAAUCCAGAUGAGAUCAUCAUUUACCAGCCUGAUGAUGCAAGCGCUACAGCAAAGACAGUGAAAAUUACUAUGGAAAUGCUAGAAGAGAAACUGGGAAAGAAAAUAGCAGAGUCCCUGAAGGAUGACAACUUCCUGAAGUUUCCAGUCACUGCGUACUCAACUGUCGUUUAUAACCGCCCAAAUAAGAGUCUGAUGGAGUACAUGGGCGACAAGAAGCCACAAAAAGAGAAGAAGCAGAAUGAGAAAAAAAUUGAGCAGAAGAUCGCGACAAUGAUCAGGAAUCAGACACCCAAAAGGAGUGUCAAGCAAAUUGUAAUUUAUGAGCCUUCGAAGGACAAACUGAAAUCUAAAGCCAACAUCAGAAUUACACAAGAAAUGCUGCGAGGGAAAGUUGACGAGGACACCAUUAUGAGUCUAAUUCAAAGCCCAUUCUUCAAGUUUCCAUUCCCAGAAUCCGCGACGCUUCUUUACAAUCCUCGCACACAACAACUUUACGAGCCAUUGUAAUUUGGAAUAGUAGUGCCUUAGAAUCUUUCAUAUUGAUUUUACAAGAACUUCACAUUGAAGAUUCAAUUAUUAGUUUUCUCUCUUGUAAAAGUUUUCAUCGAUAUAACAAUUUUUUAAUAUUAAAAGGCAUAAAAUUGUUGAGUUAAGUUGAAUUGGAUGUUUGCUAGACUGCAGGCAGAAUUUCCAUUAUUUUGUACAAUUUUUAUAUUAAAUUUGUAUGCCAAUUGA